AUGACCGGCACCGUGUCUAUAGAGGCUUCCGCCAUCCCAGAAAACGACGACCGUAUUCGCUGGAUGGAUGAUGAUCAGGUUACGCUCGGCCAUUUGCGACCACGCUCGCACCACCAUUCCCAUCGAAUGUUUCCAAUGGUGGGCAUUGGAGCUCGACCAGACUUGAACAAUCACCCCAGAGAUGUUCCCCCAAGCCUGGCUGUACUCCAAGACAAAGAGGAUGAGGUCUCCCGCUUCAAGGGCAUGCUCCAGGGGACGCAGAAAUAUUUUGCAUCGAAAGGCCUUAUCUCCCGAAACUCUCAGUUCCAUGGCCUGUCCCCCGAAGAACGGGAGAAGCUUGGCGGUGUUGAAUAUCGGGCCAUCUCUUUCUUGUCGGUCAUAGUGUUUCUAUACUGGUUGUUGUUCAUGCUUUUUGGCAUUAUCGGAAUGGGGGGCUGGCUGGAAGCAAACCAUCCGAAUAUUGCCCGCGAAAAUGGCUUGUCGCCCUUCUGGACCGGGGCGUUUUUCGCCGUAUCGGCGUUUGUGAACAGUGGCAUCGUUUAUCCGCUCAUCACCAUGGGGAUGUUGAUCCUGGCCGGCAAUACACUUUAUCCUUGUUUCUUGAGAUUCAUCAUCUGGACCAUGAGGCGGCUGAUCCCCAACCGACCGAAUUGGGAAACAUGGAAGGUUACCCUGGAUUUCAUUUUGGACCACCCUCGAAGAGUAUAUACAAAUCUUUUUCCCGCUCGACACACGUGGUACUUGCUGGGAACUAUCAUCUUUUUGAACGGCAUUGAUUGGGCCAUGUUCGAACUGCUCGCAAUCGGCAAUAAAGAGAUUGAGGCAUUGCCGACAGGCUAUCGAAUCUUGGAUGGACUAUUCCAAGCUUUGGCCGUUCGUGCUGGAGGAUUCUAUGUGGUCACUAUUGCCGACCUUCGCCAGGGUCUGCUUGUUUUAUAUGUUCUCAUGAUGUAUGUGUCGGCAUACCCUGUCCUAGUGACCAUCAGAAACACGAACGUAUACGAAGAACGCUCUCUUGGAGUUUACGCCCACGACGAGCCGCACGAAGCGUUCGAGUAUCGCACCUACUCCAGUGCAGUCAUUGAUCUGGUCCGGCACCGGCUCCUCGGUCGAGAGGGCGUGUACCCCAAAGAAUCAUCGCGCAGCUAUUUUGUCCACCAGCAGUUGCGGUCCCAGCUCAGCCACGAUAUUUGGUGGAUUGCUCUUGCUGUGCUGUUCAUUGCUAUCGCCGAAUCGUCCAACUUCAAACGCGAUCCCGUCGGGUACUCGACUUUCAAUAUCCUAUUCGAGACUGUUACCGCUUACGGCUGCGUCGGUGUCAGCGUUGGCUAUCCCGGCACCAAUGCCUCCUUUGUUGGCGUGUGCCAUCCCAUCAGCAGGCUGAUCCUUGCGGCCGUCACCAUCCGUGGUCGGCAUCGGGGUCUUCCCGUUGCGAUCGACCGCGCAAUCAUGCUGCCUAACGAAAAUCUUGCCUGGGCGGAGGAGGAAGACGCUGCUCUGAGGCGUGAACAAUCGCGUACUUGGGGCGUUGAGAAAAUGCCUAUGGGAACUGUGUAA